AUGUUUCUGAGAUGUAACUCAAACAAUCGUACAGAAACUGUACUUAACCUGUUCUUAGAUGCCAUAAAUCGUGAUGGAAACCUUUGGCCAUCAAGAAUAAGAGUUGAUAAGGGUGUCGAAAAUGUCCUAGUGUGCGAUGCCAUGGUUCAAGCUAGGGGGGAGGGAAGGGGGAGUUUUAUUGCUGCUCCUUCUACACACAACCAACGCAUUGAAAGACAGUGGAGAGAUGUUUUUCGAUGUGUAUGCCACCUUUAUUACUAUCUAUUCUAUGCUAAGGAGUCCAUUGGUAUCCUCAACACAGAUAAUCAAAUUCAUUUGUUUGCUCUUCACUUAGUCUUCAUUCCAAGAAUCAACAAAGCCCUUGACGAGUUUUGUGAAGCCUUUAAUCACCACAAGGUUUGUACAGAAGGAAACUGGUCACCCUACCAAAUAUCGACAAAUGGCAUGUUCCAUGCUGACAAUCCACUAUCACAUGGGUUACUAGAAGAAGAGCCAUCUAAGAUGGAAAUAUAUGGAAAUGACCCCCAGAGACCAUCUCCCACUGAAAGAGAUAAUCAUGUUGUCAUUGACCCUGUGGAUCUUAGCCAUGGAGAUUUACUGAAGUCAUUUGUUUUCGAACAUCUGGAUCCAGUGAGACCCUCAACUGAAAUGGGUGCAGAUAUCUAUACAAAAGCUUUAGAACUAGUA